AUGGACGCAUUCGACUUUUCCUCUGCUCCGGCCGAAUACCUGGCCAAGAAACGUAUCUUCGACAUGCUGGUCAUUCUCACCGGAAUGAGCUGGGUGAUCAACUACAUCCUUACGGCCCGGAAGAUCUUCAGGGAUAGGGCCUGCGGAAUGCCACUUGUCUGCCUCUGCUGCAAUAUCGCCUGGGAGAUGAUGGUCGUCCUGAUCCACCGGCCCCCAUACUUCCUCAUGGACGUCUUUUUUGCCUUGUGGCUGUCAAUCAAUAUGGUCAUUUUGUACGGCUCGGUCAAAUUUUCCAUGAAAGCGCAGCUUCCGUCACCGCUGAUGCACAAGCAUCUCCCGCUGAUCAUCGUCUUGACUAUUAUGGGCUUUCUGUCGGGCUAUCUCGUGCUCGCGCAAAUGUUUGACCCUACCAAGGGGGUCUGGUGGGGAGGAAUGUUUUCCCUGCUGCUUAUGAGCGCUAGUUGCUUGGGUCAACUUGUGCACCGGGGUAGCACGCAUGGGGCGUCAUGGGCGAUGUGGAUCUCCCGCGUUAUCGGCUCCUAUUCGGCAGUCACAGGGGUGUUUUUGAAGGCAUGGAUCUGGCCGCAGAUGUGGGGGUGGUCGGACAAUGCACUGACGAGGUGGUUUGUGGGCACCUCGUUGCUCGUCGAUGUGAUAUAUGGCUUUAUCUUCUGGUAUAUUCGGCAGACCGAAAAAGGUGCCGAAGUAAAGAAGGCAGUCAUAAUCGUGGGCGGAUCGAUUGCUGGCCUUACCCUCGCUCACUGCUUCAGCAAAGCAGGCAUCGACUAUAUCGUGCUCGAAAAGCGCAAGCAAAUCGCGCCGCAGGAGGGCGCGUCUAUCGGCAUUCUUCCUCAUGGAGGUCAGAUUUUGCAGCAGUUGGGGUUAUUCUAUUUGAUCGAGGAGCAGAUUGAACCAUUGCACACGGCGCAUCAGUGCUUUCCGGAUGGAUUCGCGCACACCACUAAGGCCCCACGGGUCAUCCAUGAGCGAUUUGGCCUACCUCUCGCCUUUCUAGAGCGGAGACGAAUGCUCAGAGUGCUUUAUGACACACUUCCGGAUGCAUCCCGAAUUCUGGUGGGAAAGGCUGUCAUCUCUGUAGAGCGGGAGGAUUCGGAUCUGAUGAGGGUUACAACCCAGGAUGGAAAUAUAUAUCAUGGCAGUCUGGUUGUCGGUGCUGAUGGUGUUCACAGUCGAGUGCGCGCUGAAAUGUGGCGACUGGCCAAUUCGAAAAGUCCAGGUGCAUUCCCUGAGCAUGAAAUGAGUUCUAUGACAGUCGAGUUUGCCUGCGUUUUCGGAAUCUCGUCUUCUGUCCCCAAGCUGAAAGCAGGCGAGCAAGUGGGCAGCUUGAACAAUGGCAGGUCGUACCUCAUAUUUCCCGGGAAGAAUGGCAGAGUCUUUUGGUUCCUCCUGCUGAAGCUCGACCGAAAAUACUCGUACUCCAAUGCUCCACGUUUCUCCUCCACAGACGCCGAGAAGAUGUGUGAGCGAUAUGCCGACGACCAUAUCUGGGACGGAGUGUGUUUUCGAGACCUAUGGAGGAACAGACAGGUGUUCUCCAUGACGAAUCUCGAGGAAAAUGUGUUUCAAAAAUGGCAUUGGGAACGAAUCGUCUGCAUUGGGGACAGCAUGCACAAAAUGGCUCCAAAUACGGGCCAAGGGGCCAACUGCGCCAUUGAGGACGCUGCUGCCCUUGUGAACUGCCUUUACCGGGCUCUUCGAGCAACACCUGGUGGUACUACCUUAUCACCGGCAGAAAUAGAUGGUCUCCUGGAAAAAUUCAAUCGAACCCGACUUCGCCGUGUACUUGAAAUCUACCAAACAGCCAGAAUGGUUGUUAGAUUGCAUUCAAGGCAGAACCUCUUCCUCAAGGUGCUCGGACGCUACUACCUGCCCUACUCCGGCGAUUUCCCGGCUGAUACGGCAUCAAAGGCAAUAGCUGGAGCCGAGCACUUGGACUUUUUGCCGCUUCCUGCCCGCUCGGGAACUGGAUGGCAUCGGUUCAAGCCAGGCCAGAGGGGAACUGCAUUGAUAGCGUGUUUAUACUCGGCUUUGGCUCUUGCCCUGUGUGUCCUUGCUUGGAUUGGGAAUGAUUUUGUGCGAAAUAGGUUUGUGUUUGCUUAG